AUGGCGGCCAAGUACGGCCUAAUGCUACAUCAGAUGGACGUCAAGACAGCGUUUCUUAACGGCUCCCUCAACGAAGACAUCUACAUGGACCAGCCGGACGGAUACCUGGAUGCAACACAGCCGGACUAUGUGUGCAAGCUAAAGAGAUCACUCUACGGCUUGAAGCAAUCGCCUCGCAUGUGGAACCAAACAAUCGAUGGGUUCAUGAUCAAGAUGGGAUUCAAGAAGUGCGAAUCGGACCACUGCAUCUACAUCAAGCGAGACGACCAAGACAUGAUUCUCGUGGUGCUCUACGUCGAUGAUCUCAUCCUGGCCAGCAGCAACAACGAACUCCUCAAGUCAACCAAGAUGGCGCUGAGCAAACGCUUCGAAAUGACGGAUCUCGGUGAGCUCGAUUACUUUCUCGGCAUGGAGAUCAAGAACGACCGUAAGACGGGAAUGGUGACUGUACAACAAACCAAGUUUCUCAAGUCCGUGUUAACCAAGUUCGGAAUGGAUAACAGCAAGCCAGUGAAGACGCCUCAAGAUCCCGGCCUGAAGCUAACCAAGAACAUGUGUGAACAAGAAUGCAAGCACGAAGACACCAUGUGCAACGUGCCAUAUCGAAGUGCUGUCGGAGGCAUCAUGUAUCUCAUGGUCGCCACACGUCCGGAUCUAGCUGCUGCAGUGGGAUCAUUAUCCCAGUUCUCGUCCGACCCAUGCCCGACUCACUGGCAAGCUUUGAAGCGUGUGCUGAGAUACCUGCAAGCAACGCCCAAUCAUGGUCUUGAGUUUACACGUGAAGAAGGAAGCCGUAUCUGCGGGUACACCGACGCAGACUGGGCCGGCGACAUUGAGUCAAGACGAAGUACAAGCGGCUAUGUGUUCAUGAUGAGCGGAGGAUGCAUCAGCUGGAAAAGCCAGAAACAACGGACGGUCGCGCUAUCUUCAACAGAAGCAGAAUACAUGGCGCUUUCCGAAGCAACCAAAGAAGCAGUAUGGCUCAAAGUGCUUUUGGGGGAACUUGGUGAGAUGACAAGCGACGAAGCGAUCAAGAUGUAUGAAGACAACCAAGGAUCAAUCGCUCUCGCCAAGAACCCGGAGUUCCAUAAGAGAACAAAACACAUCGACAUACGCUACCAUUUUGUGCGUGAGAAGGUGGAAUCAGGUGAAGUCGUUUUGGAGUAUUGCCCGACUCAAGAUAUGCUGGCAGACAUGAUGACCAAGCCGAUCGCCGCUGUACAAUUUGAAAACAUUCGCGAUCGACUUGGGAUCCAAGGUGCCGCAGCUAACGAGUCGAGAGGGAGUGUUGAAAAGAGUGUUGAAAAGACAGCGGCUGUGAAGAAGACACCUCGUCAAGCUGCGUCAAGUGUUGAAGCAAGUGGAAGACCAAGCUUCGCUAUACCGGUGGGUACCGGUAUGUACUGA